AUGACGAUAGCGGGAGAAGAUUCGAGGCCUUUAUUGCCAACAGAUGAAUAUCAGAUCGCCUCGCAAUUGGCGAAGAAGCAUGGUGUGGUUCAGCGAGGGUCAGCCAAUUUCUCAAUCAGAAGCUCAUCUAAUCGAAAUAUCUCUCAUUUGUAUGUAAAGAAGCCGGCUCCUUUGGAAAAAGCAUUGACAGACACAGAUAAUUUCAUUGAAAUACAUGCCAAAAGAGCACAUCAAAUGGAGGGCAGCGAGGACGAGAGCAAGCCUGCAGAAGCAGUAGAUGGAUCCAGUACCUAUUCCUUGGAAAGUGAGGACGCUAGCGAGAAGUCGCUUGGCGAAGGAACCGCAUCAACCGGGGAUGAGAAGGACUAUUUGGACUUGGGACAUCAAAUGGAUUUGGACCCGCGACUCAAGAAACAACGGGAGGAAUGGGCUGAAAGAGGUGCAGCCAAGAUACUCCGGGAGGUAACGAAUCCAGAAACAGGGAAAACCACGAAACAUGUUGUUAAAAAGGGAAUUAAGGACUUCAUUUUUGGAGAUACCCUGGGAGACGGUUCCUAUUCAACAGUAUUGUUGGCUACAUCGAAGGAAAGUGGGAAGAAAUAUGCAGUGAAGGUACUCAGCAAGGAGUAUCUGAUACGCCAAAAGAAAGUGAAAUAUGUUAAUAUCGAGAAAAGCGCCUUACAAAGGCUGAAUAACUCAAGGGGUAUAAUCAAGCUUUUUUUCACUUUUCAGGAUGAAUCCAGCCUUUAUUUUCUUUUGGAAUAUGCACCGAACGGUGAUUUCCUAUCAGUUAUGAAGAAAUUUGGGUCUCUAAGUGAGGAAUGUGCCUGUUAUUAUGCUGCUCAGAUCAUUGAUUCAAUCAGUUUAUUGCAUUCAAGAGGCAUAAUCCACAGAGAUAUGAAGCCUGAAAAUAUACUGUUGGAUAAAAAUAUGAAGAUUAAACUGACUGAUUUUGGGACGGCCAAGAUUUUGGACCCCGAACCAGAUUCAACCGAUUCCUUCGACUUAUUUUCCAGAUCUAAGUCCUUUGUCGGUACGGCUGAGUAUGUGUCACCAGAACUUCUGAAUGAUAACUACGUUGACUUCCGCUGCGAUAUUUGGGCCUUCGGUUGCAUAUUAUUUCAGAUGAUCGCGGGUAAGCCACCUUUCAAAGCAACGAAUGAAUAUUUAACAUUCCAGAAAGUUAUGAAAGUUCAAUACGCCUUUACGGCAGGCUUUCCACUGGUAAUUAGAGAUUUGGUGAAAGGUAUUCUAGUCAAGCAGCCCGAUCAAAGAUUAACUAUCCCACAGAUCCAGAAACAUCACUUUUUCAAAGAUGUAAAUUUCAAAGACGGCUCUAUUUGGGAACGCCCUGCGCCAGAGAUUCAGCCAUACAAAGUGAAUGCUAAGUCCAUGCAGCCUAUACCCGCUUUGAGCACCAGCACUGGGACUUCUAGGCGCCCUGUUCUUACAAGACCUUAUGCCAAAUCAACCUCGAACCUGCCAAGUAACUCAGGUUCAAGUGGAUCAUCAAAUUUAGGCAAGCUGCCCCCCGCUUCUGCCACUCCAACUCAGAAGAAAGCGUUGGAUGAAAGAACGGCUCAAAUAUUACGCAACGCAAAACGUGCUGUUGGAAAUCGGAAGAUUGCCAAUCAAAACAGGCGGACUACUAGCGGGGCUGCUUCUGCAGCUUCAGUUGCUUUGGCGGGAAAAGUUUCCGAUCCGCCUUCACCUAUGGUUACCAUUGGAUCCCAGUCAAGUGCACUGCAGCACAGAACCAAACCGCCAGCAACUUAUAGAAGUUCAAGUUCGCUCUCAAGCCCGCAAAUGAACGGUAGCGACCUUCCUUCUAAAUCACCACCCGCUCCCUCUGGAACUACUUCUAGUUCCGCAAAAGCGCCCAGCUCCCAAAGGGUUGCGUCAGAAAAAACCACUUCACAUACAAUGAAUAAAACUGACGUCAUAUGGUCGUACUAUUUGAAGAAUAUCGAUGAGCAUGUUUUGGGUGUGGGUGAAAUUAGUCUAGCUGUCACAACGACGGACUACUUGGAAAAGCGCGUAAGCAAAGCACAUGGGUCGUUAGAUGAUCCUGUUUACGUCCCUAAUUCAAGUAAAACCCGCUUGUCGCAGGUCGUCAGAGCGGGUGGCGACGUUACUGGUUUUCGCACUGAUUCUAACCAGAGCCUACCUGCAGAAGCUACUUUUUACGAGCAAACGUAUUUUGAUCAUGAUAACGUUUCAAUGGACUACAAGAAGCCGGGGGGAGAGUUGCCUCAGAGUCCCACUAGUGAGAGGAAAGUAGCGGGUUCGCCGGUAGAAUCCAACGGCUCAGACGAUGUAGGAAAUCUUGCCAUCACAGAGAAGUUCAAGAAACUUUUCCACCACUCUAGCAACAAACUGGAGAACGUCCAUGAACCAAUAGAAACGGGAGACUUUUUUAAAAGGAUGCUUCUAGUGACCAACCACGGACGCUGUUUAGUUCUGCUAAAGAAACUGAAAAGCACCCCAGGCACAGCUGCGAAUUAUCAGUCGAUUUACGACAUUGAUUUGUGUCAGCAAGGUACAAGAUUAAAGGAAAUUACACUGCCUGCCGCCGACAAUGACUACAGAAUGUUUGCAAUACAAACUCCCUAUAAUUCCUUUGUAUGCAAAACAAGCAAGGAAAGUAUUGACAGUUGGCUUCGAACGAUUUCUGGUGCAAUGAGAAGCGGGCAUGGCUAUUUUAUGGCGAAAUUUCGAAAAGGUGAUAACGUGAGAAGCGAAGCGUUUGCAGCUGCUAGAUUGGCAAGUCCCGGAUUGACUCAUGGUGCAAGGUUUUCUGAUAGAGGCGAUUCUUCUUCAACGGUUCAUCCAUCCUCGCCGUCUAAAGCUUUCGACACGGGCAGUCCAAAUACAUCAGUAAAUGAUAGCAAGCAGGACACUAAUGGCGGAACAUCUGCAACGGCUAAGUCAGGCCGUUUCUUCGAAAGUUUCAUCAACUCGAGGGAGAGAACAUCGAAAAAGCAUGCGAGCCCGGUGCCAUUACCGACGAAAUUGGUGAACGGACUUCCACCGGUGUCAAGUCCAACCAGCUUGAGAUCAUCCGAUCCCCAUCACGACCCGGGUAGUCCUGCUGCAACUUCCAGCGAGGCGCGUAGAAUAGCCACUUUUGGAGUACCCGAUCAUCAUCACGACCCAGGUAGUCCUGCUGCGACUGCGAAAGAGGCACGCAAGAUAGUAACCACCGCUAAUUCAAGGCUCUUGGCAAGAAGCGAACAGUCGUUGAGAAGCCCUAAAUAG